AUGCCUAGGCGAGCACGCCCCUCGCCGCCACCCGCGGACGUGGUGGCGGUGGCAGCACUUGGCAUGUUGACUGAGAAAGGCGACCGUUUGAAGCUGGCCGGGAACGGCGGCGGCGACGACCCUGGAAAGCGGGAAGCGAGGCGGGAAGGCAGGGAGCGGCCCCGGGAAGACGGAGCCCCAUCGCGGGGCGGCCUGCCUGCCUUGCCUGCCUGCCUGCCUGCCGGCGACAUGGCCCAGCGGCGACGGCGGCUGGCAGAGGCGCUGCUACUGUCGCGUGAGCUGUCGCUGGCAGGGCGCUGCCUGGAGAAGGCCCAGGAGCGGGGCCUGGAGGGGCCUCCCUGCCACCUGGCCGCCCCCCGCCGCAUCCCCCUCCACAAGGACGCCCACGGCAUCUACAGCCUCGGCUUUGAGCCCAGCGGUGGGCAACUGGUGGCCGGCUUUGGCAACGGGGCUGUGCAGGCGAGGCCCCCGCAGGGAGUGGGUACGUGGCCGGUCGGGGCUGCUCUUGCGCUCAGGGGCCUCCGCCCUCCCUUCCCUUUCGCCUCCCAGCUGGUGGACGCAGCGACGGACUCGCCGGGCAGCUCCUUCUUCCCAGGGCACCGGACGCGCCACGCCAUCACCGCAGUGCACUUCCACCGGGCGAAGCCUGGCUUGCUGCUGGCUGCGGGGGCGGACGGCGUCAUCUCCGUGUAUGACUCGCUCUCCUGCUCCCUGGUGGCUUCGCUGACAGAGGAGGAGAAUGAGAUCAACGCCAUGGACUUCUGCCGGGACGGCAGCGCCUUUGCCACAGCGGGCAAAGACCGGCAUAUCCGGCUCUACGACAGCCACACGAACCAGCUCUUCCACAUCAUGCGGGCCCCAGAUUUCAUGGCUGGGGAUGAGUUCACCCCCCACAGCGGGCAUUCACGGCGGAUCUUUGCCUUGUGCUUCCACCCCACUGAAUUGCAUCUCUUCCUGACAGGAGGUUGGGACAAUUCUGUCAAGGUGUGGGACAAGCGGCUGCCCAAGGGAGCCCAGAGUGUGAUCAGUGGUCCUCACGUCUGUGGCCCUGGUAUCGAUGUCAAGGGCAACCAAGUCCUGACGGCUUCGUGGGUGCCGCGCAACGCCCUCCAGCUGUGGGACUUGCGCAUGUCUCGACUGUGGCAAAACCUGCCCUUCCCUGGGAGUCCCAUGCAGGGGGACUUCCUCUAUUCGGCCCAAUUCUGCACAGCGGACGUGGUCUUGGCUGGGGGCAGCGGGACCAGCGGGGCCAGCCUUCUCCACACAGGCACCGGCCAGGUGGUCGGAGAGAUCCUGCUGCCCAACAAGCCAGUCCACGUGGUGGCCUCGGCACCUGGAGGACUCGCUGUGGCUGUGGCUGGGGCUGGAGGAAACCUUCACCUGGCAGAGCUGCGCUGAGUCUUCCGGGCAACCAGCCUGGGAGCCGAGGCAGCUACAGGCCCAGCCGUCGCGCUGAACAGCCAGCAGCGCCCAGCGGCAACCUCUUUUCUGCGGCAACGCCCCUUGUGGCUUUGGCCCAUAUUGGGCCCCCCUCCCAUUU